AUGAUGGGAUCAACGGAGGAAAGUCAUGUAAAGCUAAUUUGUGAAGAAAUGCUGCCAGCUAUAGAAAAAGCAAAAUCUGACGGGGAGCUGCACAAUUUGGAAAAUAUUGAUGCUUUCUGCGAGAAGAACGUAGUUGAAGUUGAAAAUACGAAGAAAGUCAUGGAAGAAGGCAAAAAACUAGGCUUGGCUGUAAAUUUCCAUGCUGAAGAGCUUACAAACAUUGGUGGCGCUGAGAUGGGUGCUGCCAUAGGAGCUCGAGCCAUGUCACAUUUGGAGCACAUUUCAGCCGAAGGCAUAGAAGCAAUGGCUAACAAAACAUUUCGAAGGAACGCGUAUGGUUUUGCACAGAAUCAUGUGCCUGUGUGGAUUCGAGGAGUGAUCGUUGCCCUUGGAUCAGAUUUCAAUCCGAAUGCAUAUUGUUUUGCAAUGCCAAUGAUCAUGCAUUUAGAUCUAGAAUAA